GCUGUUCAGAUUAUCAAACCGGAAGUGGGGCUGGCUUGAACUCUAGUGCUUCCGGAAGAAAGAUGGAAACCCAGGGAAACAACGUGGAUAUAUUAAAGAACUAACAUUUAAAUUAAAAUAAGAGUUGCCAAAUAUUUGUUUAUAUUUUAUUUUUUUGCUUAAAGUUGACAUUUUGCCUCCUCUGCACAACUAAACGAUGGGGAAGGCUCCGAAGAAGAGGAGCCUUGCUGACAAGGUCCGCAAAACCAAGACUAAUCCUGCCAUCAAAAACAACCCGUUUGAGGUGAAAAUCAACCGGAAGAAGUUUGAUGUUCUGGGAAGAAAAACCAAACACGACGUGGGUCUGCCGGGAGUCUCUCGAUCCAAAGCCAUCAACAAGAGAAAAGAGACUCUGUUAAAGGAGUACAAGCAGAAGAACAAGGCCAGCAAAUUCGUAGACAGACGACUCGGAGAGUAUGACGCCAAGAUGGCCCCAGAAGACAAAAUUCUCCAGAGGUUUGCCCUGGAAAGACAGCGCAUCCAUGAGAAAAAGGACAUGUAUAACCUGAAUGAGGAAGAGGAGCUGACUCACUACGGGCAGUCACUGGCUGAAAUGGAGAAAUUCAAUGAUGUUGUGAACAGCGAUGAUGAGUCAGAAGAGAAAGGCCUUUUAUCAGCUGAGCUGACUGCCUCCCACUUUGGAGGAGGAGGAGGAGGAGGCCUCCUCAGGAAGAAAACCUCAGGGGAGCAGCAGCAGGAGGACGGAAACCAGAGAGCCAAGUCCAGGCAGGAGCUCAUCGAAGAACUCAUCCAGAAGUCCAAGCAGGAGAAGAGGGAGCGGCAGGUGCAGAAGGAGGAGGCGCAGGAGCUGACGGAGAAGCUGGAUCAGGAGUGGAAGAGCAUCCAGAGUCUGAUGGUGAAGAAAACGGCCAAAACCGAACUCGCCGACAAACCAGAGGAGAAACCCAAACUCGAUGAAUACGACAUGAUGGUGCGGGAGCUCGGCUUCGAGAUGAAGGCCCAACCAUCAGAGAAGAUGAAGACUCCUGAGGAGCUGGCCAGAGAGGAGAAGGAGAAACUGCAGAAGCUAGAAGCCGACCGUCUGAGGAGGAUGAUGGGAGAGGAAGAGGACACCAAAGCGCAGAGUCAAACCCGCAUGUCUGCCGACGACCUGAACGACGGCUUCAUCCUGGAUAAACACGACAAGAAGACUCUGGCUUAUCAGGACGGAAAAUGGAACAUUGAGGAAGAGGAGGAGGAGGCAGCAGAAGAUGAGGAAGGAGAGAGUGGAGAGGAGCAGGAGUCGGAUGAGGAGGAGGAGGAGGAGGAAGCCAGCAGUGAAGAAGAGGAAGAAGAAGAAGACGGGCAGUCAGAUUUGGAGUCAGAGCAGGAAAGUGAGGAUGAGGAGAAAAACCAGGAGGAUGACGGGAAACCGAAGAAGACUCUCAGCAAAGAGGAGAUGAAGGCUCAGCAGCAGGCGGCCAAGGCGGAGCUUCCGUACACGUUUGCUGCCCCAGAGAGUUACGAGGAUUUGAAAGAUUUGCUGUGCGGUCACACCCCGGAAAACCAGCGCCUCAUAGUGGCCAGAACCCAGAAGUGCAACCACCCCAGUCUGGCUGUAGGGAAUAAGCUCAAACUGCAGAAACUGUUUGGAUUUCUGUUGGAGUACAUCGGAGAGCUGGCCCUCAGAACCCCUCCCGAACUCACCGCCGUCGAUAAGCUCGUCCCGGAGUUGUACGCUCUGUGCCAGAUGUUUCCUGACGCGGCUGCUGCGGCCGUGCAGCGCGUCCUCGCCGACGCGGCUCACAGCGUGGAAGAGCUGAUCGAACUCAAAGGCCACGCCCCUUUCCCCACCUUAGACACGCUCAUUUACUUGAAGCUGACGGCGCUGCUGUUCCCCACCUCAGACUUCAGACAUCCCGUCACCACGCCGGCGCUGCUGUACAUCAGUCUGACGCUCACAAAGUGUCCCGUCAGAUCCUUUCAGGACGUGACGACAGGAUUACUUCUGUGUUGCCUGACGGUGGAGUACGUCUCCUUUUCCAAACGCUUCCUGCCCGAGCUCGUCAACUUCCUGACAGGAACGCUGCACCUGGCCGUGCGGGACAAAACCUCUCUGGGUUACACUGUGGCGCCGCCCUUCAGGCCGUCUGGGAAGUGCAGCGACCUGCUGGUGCUGUCCGACCCGGAGUCGUGCCGCAGCUGGAAAAAGAAACCUCUACCGCUGUCUGCUACCAGAUGUUUAGAGCUCAAAGACGACCUGGACAGAGAUCAUCACAGGUUGACGUGUUUGUCGGCGUGUCUGGACUUGGUGAAGAGGUGCUGCCUUCUCUACAAAGACCUCCCGUCCUUCACCCACAUCUUCCAGCCUGUCAGAUCUCUUCUCUCCAAGCAUCUCUCCAUCCAGACGCUCCCAGAAGCUUUGCAGGAGCUCCACAGAGAAAUCACAGACGCCAUCGGCAGCGCUCCGACCGCUCACCGUCGGCUGGUGUUCGACAAGAAGAAGCCCAUUCCUCUGAAGCUGCUGACGCCCAAGAUUGUGGAAGUCUUGGACUACGGGAAGAAGCGUGGUUGCACCAGGGAGGAGCGGGAGAAGGAGCGGCUGAAGCACAAGUACAAGAAGGAGUUCAAGGGCGCUCUGAGGGAGAUCAGAAAAGACUCGCGCUUCCUGGCCAGAGAGAAGCUGAACGAGGUCAUGAACAGAGAUGCAGAGAGGAAGAGGAAGGUGAAGGAGCUGUUCGGCAGUUUGGCCACUCAGGAGGGGGAGUGGAAAGCGCUGAAGAAGAAGAAGAGGAAGUGAAAUCCCAAACCUUUUAUACAUUGAUUUUUGGACUCCUAAAAUUAACAAUUUUGCUCAUUUCAGGUAGUUUUGAUGGUUUAAAGGUUUUGUACAGAUUGACUGAUUCAUAUGUGCACAUCACACUCAAAUAUGAUCAUGUG